GAGUGGUGGCCCGACCUUGGAAAAUGCCACUUGCUGGCGCAGCUGCGUCCUGGGCUUCUCAGCCUGGACCGUCUAUGGGCAGCCAUCCGUGCUCGGCCAGAGGACGUCAACACAGCGACUCCUGAUGGAAGGCCAUUGACCAUCGCAGUGCAGAAAGGCUGCCGUGGUGCUGCCGAGCUCUUGCGAAAGAGCGGCGCUGUCUUGACCUGCGCUGGUGCGGACGGGCUCCUGCGCGAAUCAGCAAAAGGAGGGAACGUCGAGGCCUUGCAGUUGCUUCUCUUCGAGACCUCUGGGUGCCUGAGAAAAGAGCCCUGGGCGAGCUUGAACGCGAGACCCGUGAAGCACGGUGGAACCCCCUUGGAUGUGGCAGUAAGCCAAAACCAGCAGGAAUGCGUCGAGCUUCUGCUGAAGGCGGGUGGUCGACGUUCGCUUCAUCGCGCAGCAGAAUUGGCGAUGCCAAGUAUGGUCCGCGCUUGGCUGAGCGAGGGUGCGGCCGUGGAGGAGUGCGACAGCAGUGGUGCGACACCACUGCUUCUGGCAGCAAAAGGCAGAGGUCGCACAGCAGAACGAACAGAAUGCCUGCAGCUGCUGCUGCGUGCUGAAGCCGUGGUCGAUGCCUUGCCAAUUACCCAGGUGACGCCGUUGAUGCACGCGGCUUCUCGGGGUGUCCGCGAGCAUUGCGAAUUGCUCCUGGAGGCCAGGGCAGAUUGCCACUGCAGGGAUCGCAACGGCCGGCAACCCAUUGACCAUGCCGCGACAGAGGAUGUGCGUGCCUUGCUGUCAGCGGCCAUGAGUGCUGGGCAAGGAGCUGAGUGUCAGCGAGAAGAGGAGUGCUUGUGGGCUGAGGAGGACCAGGCGACUCUGCCGGCUCCGAACCCGUCGAACCUUCCUUACGCCUGGCACCAACUACCACAGGACUGGCACCAGAUGACUGCUGGCUACCACAUGCUGCCGCACGCACAGCAAGCUUUCCCUCAGCAGCUUGGCUCUCUUGGCGCCAGCUGCUACGUGAUCAUCCCACCUCCCAAGCUUCUAAGGCCCAGUGUUGCCAUGAAGGUACGGGCCCGCAAGCCAGUGGACAGCCUGGAAUGCGAUGUCUCCACAGCAGUUCUGAGACCUGCCUACCAAAUUGUUGAGCCGAUUUCUUCUCCACCGCCGGUUGUUCAAGCCGCGCGAUGUCCAGCCUGUGGCAACGUGUACAUGACCGACUCCGUGUACUGCCGGAAAUGUGGAAGGAAACGCGACAUCCUCUCUCCAGACCUGUCGAGGCCGUUCUCGGUGACGCUACCGGCGACACUGCCAACGACAGCGCCGCCACCACCGCCACCGAUGCCUGUCAGGGCUGGUGCGCCUGGCUCUCCAGUGUCCGCCGCACUGCCUGUUGAGGUAUCAAGCCCACGCGCGGGGGCAAGUCCGCCUUUCGUGGCAGCAUCGCCAACCGAGGGCCUGCCGCUGCAAACUCCAGACGUCUGCCACUUUCUUCGAGCCGACCUCAACGCCGUGCCAGCUCUGCCUCAGCGAACUGAGGAGGUCCGUCCGGGCCGUGGCCGCGGGCAUAGCCCGAUGCACUCUAGAGGCCGGUGCGACAACUUCAUGGUUACCAUGCCUCGGCAGGACCCUCAAAGGAUGACGUCGCCCGAGACAUCUCCCAUUCGCCACAAUCUCAAUGACAGUGCGUUUCACGAAGGGACAUCUACGACCGACCCAUCAGCGCUCAGCUUCACCGGCUUCACCUUCUUGUAUCAUUACAACAUAUUUCUGACAAGAGGUCGAGUCCGGCAGAGCCGCGGUGUGUCCGCGGGCACGGGCUCCGUGUGCAAGCUCUUCGUGAAGAGGGUGGGCCGUGGGUCUUUGCCACCCAGAGACCUGCCAGCAGCUUGCGACAGGUCCCAUGCAACUUUGCUGACCCGUGGCGCAAGCACAGCUCGCCAGAGUGCCUCUACGGGCACAGGCUUCCUCCUUGAUGGCAGGUUCGUGAUUACCAACGCGCAUGUGGUGCAUCGCGCUGUCUCGGUGCUCGUCCGUGCGACGGUCGGGCCACCGGUGAAGUGGAAUGCAAGGGUUUUGGCUGUCGGUCUGCCAUGUGAUUUGGCAAUUCUGGCCGUGGAGGAUGAGUUCUGGAAGGGCAAGGAGUCUUUGACGUUGUCGCGAGACAUCCCGAAGCUGGACGACAAUGUGACGUGCAUUGGCUUUCCUGUGGGCGGAGAGAACAUCUCUGUUACCCGCGGUGUGGUGUCGCGCAUCGAUGUCCACCAUGACGGGCUGCUGCGAGUCCAAAUCGAUGCAGCAAUCAACCCAGGCAACUCCGGCGGCCCCGUCCUGGGAAGUCACGGCAAGAUCGUGGGUGUGGCGGCGAGCCAUCUAAAGCAUGCCUCGAACAUCGGCUACAUCAUCCCAACACAGGUCUUGGAGCAGUUCAUCUCCUGUGCAGGAUUGCAAGGCGCCGAACGUGCGGCUGAAGGUGGCGAGCCCUCGAAGGGAUACCUCGGCGUCUCUUCGCUGGGUGUUGGCAGCGUGCAGACGUUGGAGAGCGUUCCACUGCGGCGGAUGUUUGGCCUGCCGGAGGCCUCGGAUAUCAUGCAGUCGUUGUCAGGCCGAGAUUCGAGCUUUGCUUCUACAAUGCGCAGUGCUGGCGACAGUGAGGAUCUAGAUUGA